GGGGAGCAAGCGAGAGCCGGAGCCGCCCGCACCUACCUGCCGCCGCCGCCGCCGCCCACGGCCGGGCCCCAUGGCGCUCCUGCUGCGCGUCGUGCUCCUGUGCGCCGUGGCGGAUUUUGCUAGAAGUUUGAGUAUCACAACUCCUGAACAGAGGAUUGAAAAGGCUAAAGGGGAAACGGCCUAUCUGCCCUGCAAGUUUACCCUUAGUCCCGAAGACCAGGGGCCGCUGGACAUCGAAUGGUUGCUCUCCCCACCCGAUAACCAGCAGGUGGAUCAAGUGAUCAUCUUAUAUUCUGGAGAUAAAAUCUAUGAUGACUACUAUCAGGAUCUGAAAGGACGAGUGCAUUUUACCAGCAGUGACCUCAAGUCUGGGGAUGCAUCAAUAAAUGUGACAAAUUUACAGCUAUCAGAUAUUGGCACAUAUCAAUGCAAGGUGAAAAAAGCUCCUGGUGUUGCAAAUAAGAAAGUUCUGCUGACAGUUCUAGUUAAACCUUCAGGUACAAGAUGUUUUGUGGAUGGAUCAGAAGAAAUUGGAAAUGACUUCAAACUCAAGUGUGAACCUAAAGAAGGUUCACUCCCAUUGAGAUACGAAUGGCAAAAACUGUCUGACUCUCAGCAGAUGCCCACCCCGUGGUUAGCAGAAAUGACCUCACCUGUUAUAUCUGUGAAAAAUGCCACUUCCGAGUACUCUGGGACAUACAGCUGCACGGUGCAGAACAGAGUGGGCUCUGACCAAUGCCUGCUGCGCCUGGACGUCGUUCCUCCUUCAAACAGAGCUGGGACGAUUGCAGGAGCCAUUAUAGGAACCCUACUUGCCCUUGUGUUCAUUUGUGUGAUCCUCUUUUGCUGUCAUAAGAAGCGCAGAGAAAAGAAAUAUGAAAAGGAAGUGCAUCAUGACAUCAGAGAAGAUGUGCCUCCUCCGAAGAGCCGUACUUCCACCGCCAGAAGCUACAUUGGCAGCAACCAUUCAUCACUAGGAUCCAUGUCUCCUUCCAACAUGGAAGGAUAUGCCAAGACUCAGUACAACCAAGUACCGAGCGAAGACUUGGAACGCGCUCCUCAGAGUCCAACUCUAGCACCAGCUAAGGUAGCAGCCCCUAAUCUCAGUCGAAUGGGAGCGGUUCCUGUGAUGAUCCCAGCCCAGAGCAAGGACGGGUCUAUAGUGUAGAACUCUGAGCCCCUCUUCUCCUCUCCAUGCUUCUUUCUGUCACAUGAAAACUGACUCUGCUCUAAAUUUCUUUAACAUCUUCAAUAUAUAUAUGUGUAUAUAAAGUAACAAAACAACUUCAAAAUAUAUAUUUAAAAAGUUAACAAGAAACUGUAAGAAUCUUGCAUCACAAAAUUUUGUUUGGUCAUAUUGAAACAAUAAUGGUAUUGUAGUUGGUAAAGACAUUUACCACCUUGAGAAGACAGGAUUUCUUUAACAGAGUGAGUUAAAGGUAUCUGAAUAUUAAUACUCAAGUAAGAUGCAAUAGUGCUUUGAGUAUGGCACCAUAGAUGAUGAAAUCUAUGAAUUUAUCUGCAAACUAAGUUGAUACUUGAAUCAUCUCAAAGUGUACUUUGUAUUUCACACCAUUGCUUUAAGAUGUCUGUCUCAUUUACUUAUGACCCAGCAGUGUCUCCUCUUUAUUAGUAAGACAUGUUCAUGGCAAACAUACUUAAAUAUUUGUACUUGUUUUCAUAGCCUCUUUGAAAACUCUAAUGUGUGUGACUAUUUGUAACAAUAGAAGACACUACAGUUUUAGAAAUGACUACCUUUACAUCUAAGUCAUUCAUAAACAUUGUCUAAGAAUUCUUUUUUGUUUUGUUGUGAGAUAGGGUCUCACUUUGUAUCCCAGGCUGGCCUCAAGUUCAUAAUCCUCCUGCUUCAGCUUCCGAAUACUGGGGUUACUAGGAGUGUAUUAUUGUUCUGGCUCUGCAGUGAUUUCAAUAUUAGCUGGUAGACUGCAAAGGCAGUAGGUAAUAGUCACCUCAUUGAUGCUGAAGCAAAGGAUGUCAUCACAUUUAAUUAGACCCUGUGCUUCAGUUCAGAGGUGAUGUUACUGGAGUGAAUGGUCCUGAGCAUUGGGUCCUGGUGUGUCCUUAGAACAAUGGCACAAGGGUGCAGGAUGGAAGAUUUCUCAACCUGUAACUUAAACAGUGGCUCUCCAUUGUUAUCUGACUGUUAUAGACAUUAAUUUCUAAAUUGCUCAUUCUAAUUUUUCUCCCCUCUGGUUUCAGUGUCCCCUCCCCCCUUUUUGGUAGCAGUGGUUAGAGAUAGUAUUGUGUAUUUUAUGUUAUGGAAACAACCCUAAGUUAACCCCCUUGAGUACAGUUUUGAAGGCCAUUUUGUCAUAAAUUCAAUGAUCAAAUACAUUGGGGCAAAUGUCUUCCACCGGUCCUGUAUUCCAGAACUGGAUGAUGGCUAGUUACUGUCGUGUGGCCAAACUUGCUCUGCAGUACCAGAAAAUCAAGUUGAGCUUUGAAAAAAACAUGAGUCUUAGUUUUGUAAAAGUGGAUUACUCUUAAAAGAAAGAAAAAUGGAGUAAAGGGAAUACUCCUACCUGCCAAAUGAGCAGAAGUGAAUUUACUGUAUCUUCCUUAAGAUUGCAAGGGAGUAUGUAUAGAGUGUAAUAAGCCAGCUGUUUGUUUAUAGUAGAUAUGGUCUGUAAUAAGUUAUUUCAUUAGCACCAAAACCAUUUCCCUGGGGAAUUGGUUUUUGUUAAUCGGUUUGGGUGCUGUGCUGGUAAAUGCUACAUUGUAAAUUGAUGUUGGCAUGCAUUUACAAUCAGGCAGUGUUGUAUACACUUUUUAAUGGUGAUAAACUUAAGCUGAAUGUCCAUGUAAUGGGUUAAUGUACAGACUUAUGUACUUAGAAGCAUUUUUAAAGUAGGUCUAACUUCACAUAAGAUCACUUUUUAUAUUUGUGUUAACAUUUUCAUCUGUGCCUUUUUAGGUAAUAUAAUUUCUCUCAUGACUUUCUGGUGCCUAUGAGCUAGCUAUCACCUACCUGAAAGGUGCUUACAGGUGAAGGUACUGUUUCUAAAAGCACACUGCUGUGGCGCCUUCUAUCCUCACAGUUUCAGUCUUGCCUCUUCUCUAUUCUCUUUUUGAUGUAACAAAUAAUGAUGUUUAUAAAGAUUAAAAAACUUCAAAUCCCCAAUAUUCUUUGACUGCUUCUGACUUUAUAAUAGUUGCUAUGUUUGAAUGUCAGAUGUUUGUCCUGUUUUAUAAGAUACUCCAAAAAUAAAACAAUACAAACUAAUUUUGAUAUAAUGAUUAUACUAUCAAUCUAAAUAAUUAGUGUAGUGGAUAUAAGAGUUUCCUUCUCUUAGUCUUCAUAUUUAUCUGGUUUGACUAUAUGUAAAACAGUGUUUCCCAGAAAGCAGUUCAGUUCAUGUUCGUACCAACUAAAAAACAAGGGUGUAGAGAAACCUUUGCGUAACAGGCCUAGUGGGUGUCUGAUCAGAGACAUAGUUUAGUUUUAGGUUUUUGUCUCUGAUUACUCUCAUUGUUCCAGCUACAUGUAGAGGGCAGAUUAGUGCUAAUAAUUUCCCAAAUAAUUGUCAACAAUAAUUCUAGUUGAACCAGAGAUCAAAUAUUUGAUCUGGAAUUAUUACUGGUAGUGAUCAGGUAAUUCACAACAUUGUUACUGCAUUUAACUACAGAGUCAUUAAUAAUAGUUGUCAACACUGUAACUUCAAAGCAGAACUGUUUGAUUCUACUUUACCUGAGAAACUUAGUAGCAGAUUUUGAAGAUACUCUGUAAUGUAUAAUGUAGAGAGAGGCAAUGCUGUGGGUUACACAGUUUGUCUUUGAAUAUGGAGUCAUUUAUAGGUAUUACUUCUCUUAUUGGCACUAUUUUCUAGGACACUCAUCCCUGCAGAAAGCCUCUUAUUGAUUGUACAGACAUAGAGUAUUUUCUAUAAAAUUAAUUGCCAAGCUUUUUUUUUUUAUACAAUAAAAACACUGCCUGAGUGUGUCUUAGGGGGAAAUUAAUUGGGGGAAAAAACAUCUAAUCAUCCAUACAGAUUAUGGAUAUCAAGAAGUUUCUGAUUUCUGAAAGGUGUAGUUGUACACACCAGUAAUCCUAGAACUCAGGGGGAAAGCAGGAGCAAGAGGAUCUGGAUUUGAGGUCAUUGGAUUGAUAGCAAGUUAAAGGCAAGCCUGAGCAACAGCAAGACCCAACACUGGGGAUGUAACUCAGUGGUUAGAGCACUUGCUUACCAUGGGCAAAACCCUGGAUUCAAUCCCCAAUACCUCUAAAUAAAUAAAUACAAAUAAAAUCUGACUUCUUAGAGUACUGGAAAUAUGGAAUCAGGGAAGAGGCAAGCAAACAUUUUGAUGAAAUGUUCAUUGCAUGAAGCUGCAGUUGGCUAUCAAAUUCUUCAGUAUGUGGCUUAUUAAAAUAACUACUCUGUUUCUUUAUUUUGUGUGUGUAGCAUGUAAAUUUGAAGUUAUGUGAAUGUUUAUAGUUUCUCUUCUCAAAUUUGUAUCAACAGUGUUUGGGCUUUCAGUCAACAGAAAAGCCCAUAUUUUAAUUAGUGAAUGCUUUAAAUGUGUCACUUAUGGAGUAGUUUGUAGAAAUAGCAGUUUGACUCUUCAGUGGUUUGUGGACAUUAUAUAUUAUAUAUAUGUGUACAUAUCUUUAUAAUAUUCAUGUGUUUUGUAGUGUAAAUGUCUGGGCAAGUUUUAAUCCUUCAGAUGCCUUUGUUUAUUCCAGCAAUAAAGGCAACAGGCUCUGCAAUAGACUUUACUUGUUUGCCUACCAUGUCACCAAUAACCCACAUGAGCAAAACUCCUUUUGUAAAUGUUACAGAAGUAGGGAAGAAUAAGAAGUAAAUGUGUGAACUGUGGUUCUGUUUAUUUCUCUUUGGGGAUGGCUGAUAAACUCCUUAGGGGAAACUAACUCCAGGCUCAUUAAUUAAAAUCGAGUUACAAAGUACAUAAUCCAGUUUUGUGAUUGAUUCAAUAUGGUGAUUGUCAGUCAGCUGGGUUUGGUUUUGGUCAUGACACUGAAGUUUUCCUCAAGGAAGAAUUUUUGUGUAUUCUGUUGAUUUGCUUGUUUAAUGACAAUGUUAAGAAAACCACAAUUCACUGAUUCACUUAUUCUUGUCCCUAAACUGAAUUAUAGUAACAAGUACACUUGUACGGCUGAAAAAAACUAUUUUGACACUUCACAUUUGCAAAGUAGAGUAUUAACAGUGUCAGCUUCAGAUUUUGUACUUAAAAUUUCUGGCUCACAUUCAAUGGUGCAGAUUUUAAAGUUUGUAAGAACAAUUUUUGUUUAAAAAACAAAAACUUGCUCCUAGUUUUGUGACUUUGUGUACUUUUGAAAUAAAAUUAAGAAAGCAGUUA